AUGUGGUGGUUUCAGCAAGGCCUCUCUGUGUUGCCCACGGCUUUGGUUGUUUGGUCAGCUGCAUCUUUUGUGUUUUCAUACAUUACUGCGAUCGUCCUACACCACGUCGAUCCUUUGGUGCCCUACAUCAGUGAUACAGGGACGAUACCACCUGAAAGAUGCUUAUUUGGGAUCAUGUUAAAUAUUUCAGCUUUCCUAGGUAUGGCCACCAUGUAUGUCCGUUACAAACAAGUUUACGCUCUGAAUCCAGAAAAAUCCAAGAUCAUCAAGCUAAAUAAGAUUGGCCUCACGCUGGGAUGGAUGAGCUGUUUUGGACUUUGCAUUAUUGCAAAUUUCCAGUGCUUUCUAAAAAAAAAAUACACUCUGUACUACAUACACGUGGUUGGAGCCUGCCUGACGUUCGGAGUAGGGGCCAUUUACAUGCUGGUUCAGACUGUCCUGUCCUACCUGAUGCAGCCAGAAGUUCACAGCAAAGACAUCUUUUGGAUCCGUCUGACCGUGUUGCUCUGGUGUUGCUCAAGCAUUGUCAGCAUGUUUGCUUCCUCAGUUGUCUUAUACAGUGGCCUGUACGGAACGAACCUCGUGCAGAAGUUGCACUGGGACCCACAGGAAGAAGGCUACACAGCUCACAUCAUCAGCACCGUCUCAGAGUGGUCAUUAGCCUUCUCCUUCCUCAGCUUUUUCCUCACCUACAUCCGUGACUUUCAGAAAAUUUCCCUGCGUGCAGUCGUCAGCUUGCACGGACAAACCCUUUAUAACACACCGCAGAGCUUUGUGACUGACGAGCAGACGCUGCUGGUCGCGGGGAGCAUCUAAUGAAGGUGACGAGAACAUGUUCUCAGCAUAACUCAGGAAUUUAGUAGCAAUAACAGUUGAUAUUUCUAAGCAUUUAUUUUCUAUGAAAAAAGAUAUGAAGUGAUUGUAUUGUACUUGACAUAAAGGGCUUUGCUAAUAACCUACACAGCAAUGCAAACGUUACCAGUAUCGUAAACGAGCCUGUAACAUUUCUACACAUGCCAAUGUCAUGGAAGAAUUAAAUGAAGGUUAUUAAA